GAUCAAGUUGCCAUUAACAGAUUUGAAUCGAUUAAAUAAAGCCAGUCUUUGAUCUUUUUUUUUUCUAUAUCUAUUUCUGGUACGAUUGCUAAAGACAUAUAUCUGCCAAGAUAGUAUUAUUGUAUUAAACGAAAACAACCCCUUCAUAUAUAUCAUAUAAAAUAAUAGAUAUGGAAGAGCUUGGGAUUAUUGAAACACCAAUUCAGUUUCCAAAAGCUGCCAACCUCAAGUCAGGAGCAGUUGAUCCAGAGAAUUCCGACGUUUACCUUCGUUUGAAGAAGUUGGAGAAGGAAUUGGAAUUGCUCUUACUUCAAGAAGAUUAUAUCAAGGAUGAACAACGAUACUUGAAAAGAGAGUUAAUCAGAGCUCAAGAAGAAGUUAAAAGAAUUAAGUCAGUUCCAUUGGUCAUUGGUCAAUUUUUGGAACCAAUUGAUGAAAAUACUGGAAUUGUAUCUUCAACUACCGGCUCCAACUAUGUGGUUAGAAUAUUAUCCACCUUGGAUAGAGAAUUAUUAAAGCCUUCAUCUUCUGUUGCAUUACAUCGUCACUCCAACGCCUUGGUUGAUAUAUUACCACCUGAAGCAGACUCUUCUAUUUCCAUUGUUGGUGACAAUGAAAAGCUUGAUGUGACUUACGCAGAUGUUGGUGGUUUGGAUAUGCAAAAGCAAGAAAUCAGAGAAGCUGUAGAAUUACCUUUAACUCAAGGUGACUUAUAUUCCCAGAUUGGUAUUGACCCACCUCGUGGUGUUCUUCUUUAUGGACCUCCAGGUACUGGUAAGACUAUGUUGGUUAAAGCCGUGGCAAACUCUUCUACUGCAUCGUUUAUUAGAAUCAAUGGUUCUGAAUUUGUUCAAAAAUACUUGGGUGAAGGUCCAAGAAUGGUUAGAGAUGUUUUCAGAUUAGCAAGAGAAAACUCUCCUGCUAUCAUUUUCAUAGAUGAAAUUGAUGCAAUUGCAACAAAGAGAUUUGAUGCACAAACUGGUGCUGAUAGAGAAGUGCAAAGAAUCUUGUUGGAACUUUUAAACCAAAUGGAUGGGUUUGACCAAACAUCAACUGUCAAGGUUAUUAUGGCCACUAACAGAGCUGAUACACUUGAUCCUGCUCUUUUAAGACCAGGUAGAUUGGAUAGAAAGAUUGAAUUCCCAAACCUUAAAGAUAGAAGAGAGAGAAGAUUGAUUUUCUCCACCAUUGCAUCCAAAAUGGCUUUAGCUCCUGAAGCUGACUUGGAUUCGUUGAUUGUUAGAAACGAUCCAUUGUCUGGUGCUGUCAUUGCUGCUAUUAUGCAAGAAGCUGGUUUGAGGGCGGUGAGAAAGAAUAGGUACAUGAUUCUUCAAAGUGAUUUGGAAGAAGCCUACACAUCACAAGUGAAGACAGGGAGUGAACACGAUAAAUUUGAUUUCUAUAAAUGAUUUAGUCAUAAUACAGG